CAAAGUUGGCAACAAUUGUUAGCCAACUUUUUAAAAGAUGGCAGAACGCGUAACAAUGUAUGUUUACAUGUUUGUGUUUUCGUUUCUUCAUCUUUAUCUCGGACAAAUUGGACAUGCCGAAGAGACUGAUAAAGAUCCAAAGGAGCCUACACCAGCAUUUGUCUACAAUGUAGAAACUUUUGAAGCAGCGUUGGCUAAGAAUAGAAUUUUUGUUAUGUUUCAUGCUCCGUGGUGUGGUCAUUGCAAAAAUCUCUCCCCUACAUGGGAUGAACUAGCUAAAGUAUACAACCAAGCUGAAGACAGUCCUUUAUUUAUCGGAAAAGUUGACUGCACAGUCCAUACUGCUCUGUGCGCUGAUCAUGAGGUUGUUGGCUUUCCGACAUUGAAGCUUUUUGAAGCUGGGGGAAAGGCUCACAAACGUUACUCUGGCAAGAGAGAUCUUUCAUCCCUGAAGGCUUUUGUGCAGGAACAGGUUCUAGGCCUUGAUGAAGAAUUGAAGGAAAGGGAUGGGCCUAGCCAGCCUGUGGAAGAAAAAUCUGCAGAUGAGCCAGCAGUAGCCAGUCAAGUGGUCUCACUAGAUGUUGACAACUUUGCUGACACUGUGGCCAAAGGAUUGUUCUUUAUUAAGUUUUAUGCCCCAUGGUGCACCCACUGUCAGACGCUGGCUCCUGUAUGGGAAGAAUUGGCCGGUAGUCUUAGUGACAACAAAAACAUUGUCAUUGCUGAGCUAGACUGUACCAGUUCAAACCUUAUCUGCAAACAGUUUGGUGUCCGCGGCUACCCAACACUCUUCUGGUUCAAAGAUGGUAUAAAUACAGAUCAGUUCCAGUCGCCACGUACACUUGAAAACCUGAAAUCUUUUGUUCAGAAUAAGCUGUCAUCAGAACUCAGUCUUCAGCACGGAGAGGAUGACCAGAAAAUUCCAGAAGAAGGGAAUGAUGUCCCAGACCAAGUAAAAGAUAACCCAGAGGGCACAGUUUCUGAUUUAAAAGAUGAAACAUUUAAGUCUCAAAUAAGCACUGGCCUUGUGUUUGUCAAAUUUUUUGCACCUUGGUGCGGCCACUGUAAGCGUUUGGCACCAGCCUGGGAAGAUUUAGCCAAGCUGAUGGCUGGGCAGCCAGUAAUUAUAGCUAAGGUUGAUUGUACACAGCAUAAAGCUAUCUGUGAUGAAAAUGAGGUACGAGGUUACCCAACAUUAAAACUCUUCAGAGAUGGACAACUGGUAAAGGAGUACAGAGGGGGCAGGACAGUGGAAGAUUUGUCCAGUUUUGUCAAGAAAGAGCUGGAGAUACAUGAUGAACUUUAGGACCUGGUCUGUCUGACAUGGAAGUAGAUGUUGCCUCGUGCUGCGUGGGUCAUGACACAAUAUGCAGAGCUUCUUUGUGAAUGUGCUGAAAAUGUGUUCUUGUACGGUACUUGUGUCAUUUUGCAUGCUGCCAACUAUAGAUUCUUAGUGAGUAUCAGCAAUCUGCUUGAUAUAAAUAAUUCCAAGACUAGUUACUAUAUAAAAUUAUAAGAUGUUAAUGUUGUUUUGUUUUGUUGUUUUUUUUUGACUGAUCUAGAAUCUGAAAAUAUUGAGUGCGUUAUUGUAAACUUCUAGUUGACACAAGCCUGUAUAAUUUUAGAUGUUUCUCACCCACUGUUCUUGUAUUUUUUUUUUUUAUUAUCAGCAUAUCAUAAUACAAUAACCCAUCAAAAUGGCAAAGUUCCCUUCCCUCGCCACCUGUUAUUGAAGGCAUUUCUUCCAAGCUAAUGCAGCUCUUUUCUUGAGAUUUAAAUGCUGUGAGCUUGGGAUUUGGUCACCAUUUUAAAUUUGUUUGUGUACAUCAUCUAAUUAUUCAUGAACAAAGCAUAAUUUUUUUAUUAUUAUUAUUAUUUUGAGUUGUGUGAAUAUUAAUAUUUUAAAUAAGGUCGCCUUUUUUUUUUUUUUCAAUCAACACUAAGCCAGAAUGUACACUAUUUAUUGAGCCGAGUGAAUGGCUCAUCCCAAGCAGAUUGUUAUACAAUCAACGAAGACAAUGAUAUAAUUGAAGUCCAUCUUUCAUGUUGAUGUCAUUGAGUGAAUUAUUAUGAACAAAUAAUUGCUCUCCCUUUAGCGUUUCAUUUAUGAUUCAAACAGAAGAAAGGUGUGGAAUACAAAAAAACAAAUUGAGUAAUAUUUGAAGAUGUAAAGAGCCAGAAUACACAACAGGAAUAUUUAAAGAUGUGAACUUUCAAUUAAAAAAAACUAAUAUUAAUCAUUUUAUCUGCGGGUUAUAAUGUUUUAUUUUUUUUUAAAUUAGUUUCUAGGUGAAACCUAACAAAACCCAAGAGUUGUCUAACUUUGAAAUGGAAAUGACAACCAUUUUUUUUUUUUUUUUAACAAUAAUGGAGGUAACAACUGUUAACUGUUAUUCUUACAAACGUAGCAAUAAAAGUAAUCUGUGCUUUGCUAUUUUUAACAGUAUAGCACAAAUAGAGUACAUGAUACAUUCAUAAAGUCAAUAUAUUUGAUACAUUUUAAUUUAAAAAAUCUGACAUCCACUCAAGAAUAUUCUUACAUGCUGAAGCUUCUCCGUUGUCACAGGGACAUUCAGGUGACCUUGGAGUGUUCACAAUAUUUACGUCAUUUCAGUGUUUAGAUUUCUGGAACACGUUGUUGAUGCUUCCCCUGUUUAAUCAGUUUUAUGAACAAAAUGUAACUUGUGUGUAGAUACUUUUUUUUUUUGUAGCUGUGUAAAUAGAAUAAUUUGACCUUGAACUCUAGAGCACUUACUUUGAAGUUAUUAUUAAAAAUUUUUUUAUUUUUUUUUAAUCUUUGUAAGUAUUUCAUUCAAAUAUUUUGUGUAAUAUAAGUUUUUCUUGUUUACCAGAUUUUGGGAAUUAUCAGCUGGUAUUUCAUGUUCUUCUGUCUUUAUUGUUACCACAUGUUGUAGUCCUCUGGACAAGUGUUUCCCAAACUGUGUUCCUCAGAACACUAGGAUUUCGUGAGGCCUGACUAGAUGUUCCACGAGCCAUUGGAGUAAUUAACUAGUAGGCCUCUAGGACAAUCGAUUUCACAGAAAAUGCAGAGCCUCUAGGAGAAUUAAUUUCACAGAAAAUGCAGAGCUUCUAGGAGAAUCUAUUUCGCAGAACAGAAAAAUUUAUUUUAUUAGCUACUCUCUGCAACGGGAAAAAAUUCUAUAACAACACACUAUGAACUUUGAACUGCUCCAGAAUUUCAUUGGAAACAAAGAUAUGCCUACGAAGAUCAACCAUUAAAUGAUUUCUGGUCCAAAAGUAGCCUACCACAAUAUUGUAGAACAAAUUACGAAUAUUUUACUUCCUUGUUCCUAAAAUCUAUUUGUGCAAAGCAGCACUUUGUAGUUUAAUUAUUUGUUUGACACUGCCCCAGAUAUUGGAAAUCAACUUAUCAAUAUGGUUAUGUUCUUCAAAGACUCAAUACCAUUAUCCCCCAUCAAAGUCACUAAACCUUAAUUUGCCUAAUGCUUAUGUCUGUCUUUUAAUAAGGGAAGAUAAACAAUAAUGCAAAAUUUCAAAUGUGGUUUAAUUAUUAUUAUUUUUUAUAUAAACAAAUAGUCUUCUGCACAAUUCUCAGACUCAAAAGACAAAGAUUUACUGUAUAGAAAAUAUAUGUUUUUCGUAUUUUCUGCACAAUUCUCAGAAUGUGUGAAGUGUUUGGUUAAAGAAACACUGGUCUAGACUAAUUCUUUAGGGUUAGUCUGCAGUAGAAGUUCUUCUAGAGUGCACUGCUAGGGGUGAAACAAAAAAUGUAUCAAAGAAACUCAUUAAAAACAUAUUCAACUUCAUUGUUAAAGAGUUUAUUUCAAGGUCAAUGUUCUAUCUUUCACUAUUCUAAAGUUAUUUGAAAAACUAUAAGAAUUUGCCUUGUUUGUUUUUCAUGAUAUAAACCAGUAUUUUAUCAUAACGUGUUUAUAUUUUUAGUCGAAUUUAAUGUAUUUGCUGUAUUUGCUUAAUCAGUAUAUGAAUUGUUUCCUUUUGUACAGAUUAUGUAAUGACACUACAUUAAUGAUGUUGUUGAGAUGUCAGCCAGUCAAUUAAUAUGCAGGUGUUUUUGCUCUACAUUCUUCUGUCACUGUAGUUUGAUUGACCUAUGAACUUGUGUACCAACUGUCCUUUGAAUGGAUGUGUGUUUGUGUUUUUUUCCAUCGUUCACACUAUGACAGCAUUGCAGGGUUCUUUCAAUACUAGAGGGUUUGUUUUUUGUUGUUUUUUUUUAACUUUCAAAGUCAUGGGUGAUUUGAUGUGAAACUUUUUGAUGUUUAGAGAACUCUUAACUCUGUGUGAAGAGGUUGUUUGAAAGUGAAACCACAUUACUCAUACAUUUUUUUUUGUUUUUUUCUUGGGCCACAGUAAAAGAAACUUUUUUAAAUGUAAA